AUGAAGAGGAUGGGAAAUGGCCAACCUCAAGCUCUUUCAUUGAGGAAAAACUUACCUAAACUCCAGGAACUCAAGGUAGUGGAAGAAACUCCAAGGAAAAGAGGAAAUGAAGAAGAAGGUGGAGAGGAAGAUGAAGUAGAAGGGGUGGCUGAAGAGGAAAAACCCAAGCUCACCAAGAGAAAGAAGCCCUCAUCACUUCAAAAGCUCUCCUACACUCCCUUACACUCCUUCGGUUGUAUGGCCUUCGAUCGCUGCAAAUGGGGAGAGCUGGCUUGUUUAAACAACCAACCCCUCCCCCAAAAUGACCAAAAUGCCCCCAAUAUGUGCCCAGGAAGUGAAGGCAAAAGGACGAUCGCAGGUGGUACAGGUGAUCGGCCACCUCAUAGACCCCAUGUUCUGGGGACCCUUGAUUCCACCUCUCGCAGUAGGAAGAGGAGGUCGUCUACUCCGAGCGCUGCUUUCACUAUUGCUACACCUUCUCUAGCACCUCCUCCCCCAUCUACUAUUGUUACACCUUUAGUGGCACCUUCUCCCACACCCAGUGCUGCCACCCCUCCUGUGGCAUUUGCUCCCGCAUCCAAUGCUGCCCCAUCUUCUUUGAUGCUUGCUCCUUCCGUACCUACUCUCCCACCCACUGUUGGCACACCUCUUGAGCCUGACCCGUUGACUCUUGCACCCCCACCCUCAAUGAUUCAUUCCUCACAGUUUGCCUGUUACCUACUUCAAAUAAAUUAUCAUGAGCAUGUACGAUGA